AUGAAAAGUAUGAAGUCCCCUCCCCAUAUGUCUGAACUGAGGAUUGUUCUGCUGGGGGAGAACAGCUCAGAGAUCAGCAGAGUGGGAAACUUCAUCCUGAACAGAGAUGCAUUUGAUACUGAAGCUCCUCCUCCUUCAGUAGAGCAGCACAGUGAGAGAGCCAGAGGAAAUGUGGAGGGAAGAUACAUCACCCUCAUCAACACUCCUCACCUGUUUGAUCCUCAACUCUCUGUAGAUCAGACCACAGCACGGUUUAAAGAGUGUUUGUAUCUGUCUGCUCCUGGACCUCAUGUGUUUUUACUGGUGCUGCAGUCUGGUGCACUAAAAAAGCAGGAUCAGGAGAGAAUGAGGAGCAUACUGGACGGUCCUUGGUUUAUGAACUACACUAUCAUUUUGUCUCUAGAUGAGGGGAUCAGCCAUCAGGCUGCUGCUGAGGCUCAGAAAGAAAGCAAUAAGCCUUUGUAUUUGAUCAUCAGAAAAUCUGAAGAACAACAUAAAGUGCAGGUGCUGCAGCUUUUGGAGAACAUAGAACAGGUGGUGACACUUAAUGGAGGAGGAUACCUGACCUACCACAUUAAUGAAUUGCUUAAAGCAGAAGAAAAAACCUUAGCAAAGGAGAGCAAAAGGAUUAAAAUGCCAAAACUUCAUUCACAAAGUGGUAUGUAG